UUUUCUAAACAUAUAUUAAAUUUUUGAUCGUGUGAUGUUUAACGAAUAUUUUUUUGAGAAGAUCGUAAUCACAAUAACUUACUGCCGUAGGAGCUGACUUAUUAUAAAUUCAUUAUUCAGACCAUUAGUUUCAAUUUCUUAGGAAACCCUUGGCCUCGACACUGCUACCAUAUUUGAUAAUGACGUCAGGCAAAAGUUCGAGUGUACUCUUGUAGCAUACGUUCCAACAGGACUGGCAAAACUAACAAGAGACACGUCCAAUUUUAUAAACUACCGAGAUGAAUAGUCCAAGUAGAAACUACAAGUAUGUCAAGCCCAAAACUGACGGAAAUUUAGUACCUGGAUCUUCUUCGAAUUCUAAAAUAUUUCUUAAAACGUCAAUUGAAAGUACACAUGUAGAACCCCAGUCAUUUACUGCAAAUGUUUAUAUUAACCCAAAUUUUAAGCUGCAAAACCCAGCGAUGCAUAUCAAUCCAAAGAUUUGUGCUAAGCCUUUGAUACAUGUUAAUCCAAAAAUGGUCCAUGAUAUUGCUAAUUCAAAUCAAAACUUACAAAAUAAUAUAAUGGGUACAAUGAAAAAAAAUGUCGAUAAUAAUAUUACACAAAGAAACAUCAAAAGAUCUAUAUACGUUAAUCCAACAUUAUUAAAGGAUUUGUCCUCUUCUGAUCAUAAUUCUAAUGAGGUACAUAGAAGAGAGUUACCUACUUGCUCAAAGAUAUCUGUUAAAAGUACGUGCGAUAAAAGAGUCACUCCAAAGAAAAUUGCUUGCGACUCGAGCGUUGUGCUCCUGUCACACAGAAAGCUUGUUAGAGUAACUGGUACUACAAAUAACUUGUCAGGAACUUCCACAAUAUCCCAAUGCAGGUUACGAGAACCUAUAAACUUCACAGAGAAAAAGUCUGGUAAUAUCACACAAAAAAUCGUGAAAGUUCCAUCAUUAAUGAAUAAUAAGUUGCAACGUAUAGACAUGAGGUACAAUGUACCAAAAGUAGGUAUUGUUAAAUCUAAAGUAACCAAAUAUAAAAUAGAUAGAACCAUAUUACAUGCAUCGAAGAUUAAAGGAGGUCAGAGCCCUCUUAAAAGAAAAGUUGUAAACAACACAGUAGGAUUGGUUACUAUCGGUGGCAUCGUAUAUAGAUCUUCCAAAAAUAGAUUAAUCCGAAGAAGCUGUCUGUUGAAACGAAAACGAUCGACAAAUGGAAACAAUGAUAAACUUAUCACUGCUAAAAAAUCACGGAAUAAUAAGGAAACUUUGAAUUGUACAUCAGAAACAAACAAUACUCUUGGUAAAAUACGACGUGCUUCCAAUGUAUUCCCUAAGACUACUCACAAAAAUAAUAUUAGUAACAAAGUGAAGCAAAGAAGUAUACAGAUUCUACGAAAUAAAAUGCGCAAGAAUAAUCAGCCUUGUUUGAUUUUUCAACGCUUUGGAUAUUGUCAAAACUACACAAAUGGAUUAUGUCCCAAACAACACGAUAAAAAACAAGUGUCAAUUUGCAAAAAAUUUUUACAGGGAAAAUGUCUCUUAGACAAGUGCCCACUAUCGCACGACGUCGGACCUGAGAAAAUGCCUACAUGCAAGUACUUCCUCGAUGGUUGCUGUAUAAGAGACACCUGUCCAUACCUUCACGUUAAAGUAUCUGCAAAUACUUCAAUCUGCAUAGACUUCUUACAGGGAUAUUGUGCCAAAGGAAACGAGUGCCAGCGACGUCACGAAUAUCUGUGUCCUGAAUUCGAUAAGACGGGGAACUGUAGUAAAGGUAAGUACUGCGUUUAUCCUCAUAAAUCGCAUUCAUCUAGUAUCGAGGAAAACACUAAGUAUUUGAGUAAAAAAGUGCGCGUUGUAAAAAAGUAUCAAGCCACAUCCGCUAAAGUCGAUACCGAGACUUCAAAUCUGGAAUGUAGAUUAAGAUAUUACGAAACAACUGAUAAUUCUACUGAUUCACUUGAAAAGAAGAAAGAAAAUAUUUUAAAGAAACUGCAAAUUAUGAAAGCUACCUUAAGUUCCAACGUUCCAACUGCUGACCUUACGGGUCAGAUGCAAAUUAAUAAGACGGACAAGUCCUUGGUCAAAGAAGACGAAAGUAAAUCGAUAACAAGUGUUACGAGUAAUACUAAAAAGCGAGCGCCCAUUGGCUCGUUACCCGCUUAUAUCCCUAUUAAUUAAUGUUCAUGUAAUUUUAGAAUGUACAAUUAAAAUUUCGAACUCAAAAUUAUAGAAAUUUAAAAUCAACGUGAUAUCUUAACGAAAAUAUAUGUAAUUAUGUUUGAAGGUUUUAAAUUUUAAAGAUACUUGUUACAUAUUCUCAACAAUUUUUCAUACGAUACAUUUAAAUAGGCAAAAUUAUGCCCGUUGGUCUAUAUUUAGUUAAUAAUAUACGUUUACACAAUUAAUAUGUAUAUAUACGAAAAUUUAAUAAUGAAAAUAUAAUGUGUGAUAUAUAAAUAUGAAUGCAUAAAAAUUAGAUAAUUUGUUAGUCUACACAGUGCUGAUAAAUACCUUUUUAUCGACAAAAUAGGGCUAUCAACUGUGAUAAUUAUUACACGCGAUAUAUUAUGUUAAAAUUCUUCUAAUUAUCUGUCAUUACACAAGCAUUUACUUACAACUUAUUUUUAACUCGACUUACUUUUUUAUAUAGCAUAAUUUGCGAGAAUAUUGGACGAAGUAAUAAUAACACGCGUCACUUUAUAACGUAGAAUAUAAAUACAAUCCAUAUAACCUGAAUUUAAUAUUAUCAUAAAAGAUAUUUUUAAGAUUUUUUAUACUCAUUAUGUAUAUCUCUAUGUAUAUUGUAUAAUUACACUGACUUUUUUUAUUAACUUAGAAUGAGAGCAAUCUUUCCUUCCAAGAUUUAGAAAUGUACAACUAAAUACAUACGUUAGUCGCUUAUGGAACGUCUCAUUUUGUCGGAAGCAAUUUUUAGCUAUGAUUUAAUUUCUUAUCUGCUUUGAUCAUUGGACAACUGGACUGGUAAUAACAUUGGUUAAACAACUCAAUUGGUCAGAUCAAUGAGAUAUAUAAUUAAUCCUUACACAUUUUCUUCAAAUAUAAAAAAUAUAUAUUUUCUUUCUUCUUUUGCAUAUGCACAUAAAUUUGAACAUUGUAUUAUAUCAUCCAAUUGUAUCGUGUACAAAAAGCUAAAAUUAUAUUUUAUACAAUGUUACAUAUGUAUGUACAUAAUAUGCGAUAUUUACAUAUAAAUAAGAAAUGGUUGUAUUUGACGUAUAUAUUUCAAUAAAUGUUUAAAUAAAUAAAAAUGUCCUUAUUUCUUUGGUGCCAUGUUUUGAACAAAGGAGCACUUCUGUGUGUUACUUUUGCAGAAUUAAUAACAAAAAUUAUAGAAUUUUCGUUGGUAUAAAAAUUAAAAAAGCUCGAAGAGUUAUGUCUUUAUA